AAAAAAAAAGGGAUUAAAGCUGCACAGCCUCGGGAAACGUGAGUCUAAUCAGUUUAGUUCUGAGUCUAAAGAUUAGAAUGUGGAUCGAUGGGAAAAGGUCAGGUGCUGUGAUGAUUCCAUCGGAGUAAGUGGAGGGGCGGUCAAAGUCGAGAACGUCAGGUGUUUAGAGGUGGACGUGCACCAGCGACAUUUUGUUCCUGGAAAAUUAGGUCAUUAUCGCUGUCAUUAGUUGGCUAUCACUGCUAAUGACGUUUCUCUGAUGACAGCCCCUGGUCCAGUGCUUACAGGAUUGGGUUAGUAAUAGGAGAAAUGCUGGUUCCUGCUCAAGAACUCCCCUUGCUCCCUAAGCGCGUUAGAAAGGCCAGGAGUGUGUGUCCGUUGUUGAUCACUGGAGUUUCACAGAUGGACUGACGCAUGCAGUCGUUCUACAUUAACACAGACCUGAAAAACUGGUUCAAUCCAAAUAUGGCAGUGCCAGAACUUUUCAGGUGAACAUGUGGGGGAGUGAUUCUGGCAGCAUGUGGACUGGCCCACUCACCAACGGAGGAAACUGAAAACCAAGACGCGGGAAAGGAACGUGGAGAAGAAGCAUGUCGAACGGCAAAGUGAAAGAGGGGGACCUAGCGGCUGUGUUUCGUACCACCAAAGUGCGGACCAAGCUGAAGGGAGACUGCAGCUGGAUGCAGCGUCAGAGUGAACCUCAGUCUGAAACCGAGGAGGAGAAACCCUGGAUAGCUGAGGUGAGGGCGAGUCGUCUGAAUGGAGCGCCUAAUGAGACCAGUCCGACACCUUCACCAACCAAGCCUGCCCCACCGCCACCCACCAAGCCAGACACUGAAAGAGCGCCAACAUCGGGAUACCUGAUCAGAGGUGUUUUCACUAAAUUGGAUGACAAGCCUGCACCCUCCUUAUCACCCACUGAUUUCAGUGGAGCAACACAAUUCACCAAAAAGCCUUCGGAGACCUACAAGAGAAUAGCCCCUCACACGGUCAGGUCCACUUCAGAGAACCCGGACUUUCAGCUCAGCACUCAAGAACUGGAGAAAAGGACGGAGGCAGCCAGCAGUGUGGUGAAGAAAGCUGCAGUCAGACAGCGGUCCUACGUACUUUCUGCUGCUAAGAAAUUUGAGUCUAGAGAAAAUACUGCCGACACGCCUCUCAACAGCAGUGUAUCGUUUGUGGCUAAAAGAGUGGAAAUAUUUGACGAUGAUGACAGCCCGCCGACCUCGGAGCCCGUCAGCUCUCCGCUCCCUGCUCCUGUCACACCUGUUACUCCUGCACCACGGGUCCAACCAAGCAAAACAGGCGACACCGGCACGACGACAUCUGUCCACGUGGCGGUGGAGAAACCAGCUCUGCCAAAGGUGCAGGACACUGUACCAGACCUCGUUGCAGAAGUAGACCCUGCCCCUAUGACCCUUUCAUCAAGAGACCCAUUUGAAGACAUGACACCAGGGUGCACCAAGGUGGCCACCCCUCUCCCUGAACUCAUCCCUGUCUUUGUUCCAGCUGUCAGCACAGAGCCAGAGCCAGAGGUUCCAGUAGUUUCAGGUCAAUCCAGCACUGACCAGGUCACGCAGAGUCCAGUAUUAACACCUGAGGAUUUAAAGGCACCGCUUUCACCUGUUCCCACCUCCACUGUUACAGAAUCUCCUGAUUUAUCUUUCCGUAUAACAGACAUCACAGUCGUAACAGAAACUAUUCUUGAACCUGCCCGUGACCCAGAACCCACACCGGAACCAGAAGAAAAACAAGAGCCGGUACCAGAACUAGACCCGUUGAUGAAACUGGAACCAGAGCAGAAACCAGAGAUAAUACCAGAACCACAGCGAGAGUUGUUGUCAGAGUUAAAGCAAGAGCUAGAAAUACAACUACUAAAGCAGGAGCAUACCCUGGAAACAGAACAGGAACCAGAACCUGAACCUGAGACAGAACCAGAACCUGAGCCAGAACCAGAACCAGAGCCAGAACCAGAACCAGUCAUCGAGAUAGAGCCAGAACAUCUUCCACACCCGGACCUUGUGCCAAAGUCAAGCUCCAACGUUGAGACGCUGGCUGCCUUCUAUGACACUCUCAUUCCUUUUGACACCACAUCAACCAGCAGUCACAAGGAUGUUGAGCCUGAGCAGACACAGGAGGAAGGAGGUUCAGUGGAGAGUCGCAGUGAGGAGAGCAGUGAUGCAAAGGAUCCCGCCCCUGUGCUCGUCAGCUGUGAAGUUCUAACAGACGAUCUCCUGGCUCUCAGUGACGGUCCAGAGGAAUCAGCACAGCCAGUUCCCCCCAGUCCUGGACGCUGGAGUCAGGAUUUGCUCGGUGGAUUAGACAGCCAUGCAGAACCGGCAAUGACCAAUAAUUCCCUGGAUCUCUUGGCUGACGAUGUAAUUCCAAUCAAUACAGAGGCACGCAGCCUCAGCAUGGAGCGAGAGGAGGAGAAGUCGGCAGAGGAGACGUCGGAGGAAACACAAAGCACCACUGAAACAGUCACAGUAACCACCACCACUGUGGUUAUCACCGACCAGAGCGCCGAGGAGAACGCCGAUCCUUGGAGUUCACACGUGACGACUACAGUCACCAAGUCGAGCUCGGCUGAUCCAUUUGAUCCAUACCCGAUAGGGACCACAUCCUCUAACAGCUCCUCUGACCUGCUGCAGCCCCUGGCAGAUUUGUCCAUCAACAGUGCAUCGACGGCCCUAAUGGAGAACGACGAUCCAAGUCCAGAGACAAAAAUGAGUGGCGUUGCACUGGAGUCCCUGGCAGACGACGUCAUCCCCAUCGACACUAACACUACAAGUCUCAGCACCCGACGGUCGUGGGCACACACAUGGGACAGUAGCACGUCUGAGCAGAAAGACACAGAAGAGAGCCCAGAGCCUGAACCACGGGACAGAGACCAGGAUCAGCAGACGAUGAUCAUGUUUGAGAGAAAGUCCAAGGAGAAUGAUUCUCCAUGGGACCGCUGGACAUCACCCACUGUUUAUAAUGUUACCACCACUACUGGGGAGGAGGAAGAGGAGGAGGAGGAGGAAGAGCAGGAGGCAGCAGCAGAAAGCUCCGCCGAGACACACGUGCAAACUGUCACCACCAUCACCACUAUCAGGGAGACAGAGAGGGAGCUAGAGUCUGCUAUGGAUCGGUAUCAAACCUAUAACCGCACUGUGCUGGAGGACACACCCCGGGUCCAAACGCCAGAGGCUGAUGCCAAAAAGGGCAUCGUGUAUCUGAAGGAGUACGUGAAUACAUCUGAAGACAGAAAUAGAUCUGGAGACAGAAGCCAUCUUGAUUCAGACUAUUUCACCUCCACCUCCAACAGUUACUCCUACAGCAGCCCUUCCUCUUACACCAGGCAUUCGAUGACAUCAACCUGCACGUAUUGCGGAGAGCAGGUGGGCGGUGACGCUAAGAUCACCAUUGAGCACCUCAAUAUUAACUCCCACCCUGCAUGCUUCAAGUGUGCUGUGUGCAGUAAGCCCAUGGGAGAUCUGCUCUACAGCAUGUACCUGCACGGUGGGAAGGUCCACUGCGAGAGCUGCUACUCCAAAGCUUUGGACUGAUUAUAGAACUCUUCACCAGCCUUUUAUCCACAUCUCCUUACCUUCCCAUUCAUUUGCAUAUAAAGUGAAAACUGGUCUUAGAACUUAGAGUUCAGACGGGCUUGAGUUUGAACCGUGCUGUGGUUGAGGCUGACCAGAAAGACCGUUUUAGUAAAGUGUAUGAAUUCUUAAUUCUUAAUAUUAAUACUUACUAAGGUGCAGUUUCUGAUGUCUUCAACCCAUUAUAUAAACCUGAGUUGCCCCCGCCUCCACCCUCCCCCCUCUCCCUCCCCCUGGUGUUAACAGCUGUAUCUUCCUCAGCGAGUGUAUGAAGGACAUCUAUGUACAAAAUGAUGAACAACUGUGAAUAGAAUAGAACUGGCAAAUUGGGUGAGCUACUAAAAUUCAGAUCCAGAGAUAGCUAAUUAAGACAAUGGGUUUGUUACAAAAUGUUUACUUACUUUCUUCUUGAUACAAAAUAGUGUGAUCAUAUGUAUGGAGGUUUGUUAACAAAAUAAACAAACAAAAAAAACCCUUGAGAUACAAAA